AUGUCUUCAUUAUGUUCGAUCGAAAGAUGUACUCGAACAUCACGUGGUUUGUGUGAUUGUUGCCAACAAAAUCUUUGUUUACAACAUUUAAAUGAACAUAAUGCUUUACUCACUGUUCAACUGAAUCCUUUAACUGAUGAAAUUAAUGUACUUAGAGAUCGUCUUAAAACACUCAAUAUUCAAAAAACAAUUGCGGAUAGUCGUCAAAAACUUGAACAAUGGCGUCAAAAUUGUUAUAAGAAGAUUGAUUAUUUUUUUGAACAAAAAUGUCAAGAACUUGAUCAACUUGUUAAUGAAAAAGUUAGCCAACAACGAGAAGAACUAAAUCAAAUAUACUUGAAGAUAAUUGAACUCAUCAAUGCACAAGAAGCAACUCGUCAAGAUAUCGAUUUAUUGAUAUCAACUAUUCGCCAGCUCAAAACAAAUAUGAGCAAAAUUGAACGAACAUGUUUUACGAUCGAUACUCGUCCAUUACUAAUAGAUGACACGUUGAUUUUCAUUAAAACAACUGAACAUGAACUUGAUCUAUCAACUCUUUCACCUAUCUACAAAACAGUUCAUCAUUCUGAGGAAAGUUUUCGAUCAUUAACUAGCAACAAUCGAUACUUACUGAUACAUCAAUAUCCAAAUUUAUGUUUAUUUGAUAGAGAAAUGAACAUAGUCAAACAAAUGUUAUGGUCCUACGAUGCAAUUCAGGAUAUGUGUUGGUCAUCAACAUUAGAUCGAUUUAUUGUCCUUGGAGAAAAUAACAUCUUUCUCAUAAAUGAAAAUACAAUGUUGAUUUAA